AUGGCUUCCGCUCCGGCCCCCAAGUCGUCGCUUCAGAUGGGCUACCUCGUGCUCUACAACAUCCUGUCGGCCACCGCAUGGAGCGUCAUCCUCGGCCGCACCGUCGCCCUCUGCGUCCUGCGCGGGCCCCAGGUCGUCUACGAAGACAUCGGCGAGUGGACAAAAUGGACCCAGACCGUGGCCAUCGUGGAGAUUCUGCAUUCGCUUCUCGGUGUCGUUCGCGCUCCCGUCUUCACCACGCUCAUGCAGGUGUCGUCGCGCCUCCUCCUCGUCUGGGCCAUCGUCGACUCCUUCCCCUUCCUCGCCUUCUCGCCCUUCUACUCCUCAAUGCUCAUCGCCUGGUCCGUCACCGAGGUCAUCCGCUACUCCUUCUUUGCCCUCAACUUGUCCGGCUUGCGGCCAGCAUUCCUCACCUGGCUCCGCUACAACACCUUCUUCGUUCUUUAUCCCGUCGGCAUCUUCAGCGAGUGCUCUCUCAUCUACAUGGCCACGGUUCCUGCCGCCUUGCGCAAUCCAUUGGAGAAGGUGGCGCUAUACGGUGUCCUGUUCAUCUAUGUGCCUGGCGCCUACGUCCUGUACACCCACAUGAUGGCCCAGCGGAGAAAGGUGAUGCGUGGCAGCAAGGCUCAGGGGGAGAAGGCGCAGUAA